UUCGUCUCUGAUUGGACGGCAUAAUCAAACCUGAAGUCCCGCCCCCUCAGCCCACAUCCGGAAGAGACACGGAUUAGCAUCGUCUGUUCAUCUGCGUCAACACGGAGCUGCAUGUCCGCUGUAAACAGGUGUCCCAUGUAAGCCCUUCACGGUGACAGGAGAAUGUGAGGCAGUUUCUCUGUGAUGAAGGACACUUGCCUGACAUUACCCCCCAAUGGAAGCUCCGGUCACAGUCACCCCUCCCCCCACCUCCUCCACCCCGCUGCCCCCGGUUCCCCUCCGUCCAGCAGUGGCCCCGUCAGUGCAGCUCGGCUUCACCAUCCUCUACACCACUCUGUACGCCGUGCUCUUCCUGGUGGUGUACAUCCAGCUCUGGCUGCGCUAUCUUUACAGACACAAGAGAUGGAGCUACCAAAGCGUCUUUCUAUUCCUCUGCCUGCUGUGGGCUGCCCUCCGCACCACCCUGUUCUCCUUUUACUUCGUUAAUGCCCUUGAGGCCAACCACCUACACGUUGUGUUCUACUGGCUGCUCUACUGCUUCCCUGUUUGUCUGCAGUUCUUCACACUCAGCCUUAUUAACCUGUAUUUUACUCAGGUGCUGCUCAAAGUGAAAGAGAGCUACAGCUCGACAGGGGGCAGGAAACUGUGGCUGGCACGAUGCAUGUAUGGUGCAAUAAACGUUAUCUUCCUCUCUGUCAACGUGGUUUGCGCUGCUCUCGGGUACCGAGGCCGAGGCGGGUCGGGGGAGUGGACCUGGAAUCUGGUCCUGGUUCGAGUCAUACUCAACGACUCGCUCUUCAUCCUGGAUGCGGUGUUACUGGCUGCUCUGCUGUUGCUCCUCACCAAACACUCGCACUCCACCAGCCCCUACCUGGGGACCACCGUUUGCCGCACAGCAGCACUGGGAGCAGCAGUGAUCUUGUUGUUCGCCAGUCGAGCCUGCUACAACCUAACAGUCCUCCUCCUGACGCAGAACUACCAGGUGGAGUCGUUCAACUUUGACUGGUACAACGUCUCUGACCAGGCUGAUUUGCAUUACGAGCUGGGCGACAGCGGCUACCUGGUCUUUGGUGCCAUCCUCUUCUUAUGGGAACUGCUCCCAACCAGCCUGCUCAUCAUAAUCUUCAGGGUCCGCCAGCCCACUCAGGAGACCAGCAGCAUGGUCAUCAACAACAGGGUCCUACCUCGUCCAUAUUUCUUUGAUGACCCUCAAGGCAGUGAUGACGACACGCCUGUUCCAUGGGCACGAAGUCAACAUCCACAGUCUAGCUGGUACGGAGCAGAGAGCGCUCCUCUCCUAUUUGCCAGCGAACCUCUAGCCCAGAACCACCAGCACCACUCAUUCUACUCCACCCCCCAGAACUGAUCCCGACUGCUCACCAUGAUCCAGGUGGUGGUGUUCAUCGCAUGGACAAAAUGAACACAGACACACACACACACCAGCCAGAAGCAACUCCCUCUGUGAUCACUGUUUUUGCACAGAUAACCUCAGGAAAUUCAGUAAAUAUGCACCUUGUAGUUUUUGAAUGAAGAAGAAAUUAAAAUUCUCUCUUUGCUCUAAGGGAACAAGCUCGUAGUGACAAAACAUGAAUGGCCAAAUAUUGUUCCCAGUGAGCGUUUUAGGAAAGUUAAGAGGUUUAGCCACAAGUUGUUCUCUUUCUGUAGGAAGUUGUUGUUCCAGUGUUAAAAACCAGCUAAAUUUGCUUUCGGGAUUCCUAAAAUGUCACAUUUCGCUUCAUAAGCAUUCCUUCAUCAUUUGUUUAAUUGAAUGUAGUUUAUAAGCUCGCAGCACAUAACUCUCAACCAUAGACUGUAUAUAAAGAGCUCUGACCAGACACUGAAGAGACGACUUUGCAGUUUUCUUGUUAAAUUAACUUUUCUCCUACACUGUUUCAAGUGUAUUGGAAACAGACACACACAAAACAGUCUCCCAGAACUUUGUGUUUACAGCAAAAUCAUUUUUCUUAGUAGUUCAACAUAAGCAGGAUCUAUAUCUAAUCUCAGACGUGAAUGGCGCUGCAGGUUUUUUCUUUUCCUUGUUUUGUUUUCUUGUAAAUUAUCUUCAGGUCUGCUGUUCUUUUAGUUUGUCACUUCUGUGAAGAGUUUUCUCAUUUUACAUUUCAAAAUCAAUUUUGAUUCUUAUCCCUGUCUUGUAUAAUUACGUUGUGAUGAAUGUUUAACUUAUUUUAAAACCACUACCCUUUUAAUUGUAUUCGAGAAUUAAACGUUGCUCUCCUUUGUGUUUACGAGAACGAGGCUUCCUCACAGCAGUCACCCGCAGCUUUGACCUCAGCACAUGAAUGGCUUUUACUAUGUAAACAACAAACAAAUAAAAAUGGACUUGGUCAGCCUAUUAUGAAGCAGAACAUGUUUGUAGGAAACGUUGUUUGUGUUAUUACAUAUCUUCAGCCAGUCUUCCAUUAAUAAUUACACCAAUAAGGACACAUACAUGACAUUAAACUGGCUUUGAGACAAGUAAUACAAACUAUUACUUUUAUGUUACCUGGGAAGCAUUUCUGUUGCUAUGUUGUUAUGUUGUUAUUUUUAAAGCAGUAGAAGUUGUGAUGAUUACUCAAGACAGAAAACCGGUCCAGUUUCAUAUCUGUACUCAGGGGAGGCUGAAAGUAGAACCCUGUUAUUUCCAGCUAACACAGUUUCUCCAGUGUUAGUCAAAUGUUUACAUUCCACUGGGUAUUGUGCAAUUUGAUGUGAUGAUUUAAAUGCUGACACUUAAAAACAAGGUACAUGAUAUAUUUGCUCCCUCAUAUUUAAAUCUAUCAGGUUGUUCAAAUACCGUUAAUUCUGCAAAAAAGAGACAAAAACGUAAAACCUUUUGCUUCCUGAAAACCUUUGGGAAUGAAUGUUUGGAAUGAUUUUUUGUUAAUUAUUCUGUUUUUAUUUUGGGAAUGUUGAAUUUGCGUUUGUACUGUUUUUAUUGGUUUUAUUCAUCUCUACCGCUUUAACUCUUCUGUGUGUCUUUUUAAUUUGUAACAGCCCGAUUUAAAUUCACGGGCAACAUUUCAGAUUCCAACAUGCAGUUUCUGAGCUUCACUUUAACACCCCCCACUUCUAAAGUCAGUUUGUGAACUUACAGACAAAUGUGUCUGCUGUUCCACUGUUGUUUCAGUCAAACAGUUUAUUCUGCAUUAUGUACAGAUCAUCCUAUUAAAACUCUUUACAGUAUGUACACAUUCAAAUAAAUCAGUAUGUUACAGCGUCUGCAGUGUGAAGAAACCAGGAAACUGAAGAGUGAUGUAUUUUAAAGAAAAAAAGAGUAGACGAUUAAUCCCUUGAUUGAAAUCCACUUAAUCGGACACUGAUCCUGUUUCGAUGUAACAUGUUGAUGUGGUGAAUGGGUCCAAAUGUUAUACCAAAGAAAGCUGAAUUAAA